UCUUUUACAAGUCAAGUUUUGAAACUGAGUAGAGGAAAAACGAAAAUCAUUAUUAUCCGACUCAAAACCCCAGAACUUUUUAAGCCGAAAAGGACACAAGCCACACCACAAAUGCCAACUUAACACGAGAUAAUUUAAAUCACAAAGGGGCAUUUUGGCAAAGAAAAGUACCUACCAAUAACAAACAAGUUUCAACCCCUUCCACUAGUACUUCAACAUAAACCUUAUUAUAUAUACCACACUAUAUGACAUCAAUUCCAAGCACUUUUGCUACCACCUAGAAUUGGUUACCACUUAGCACCCAUGGCAGAGCUUGAGAGUCCUAAUGUUAUGCCUCAGCUUAUAUCUUUUCUCUCAUCUAUGCUCAAAAGGGUAGCUGAAUCUAAUGAUCUUAACCAGCAACAACUCCUACACCAAAAGAUCUCAGUUUUUCAUGGCUUGACUCGCCCCACAAUCUCAAUUCAAAGCUACCUUGAGAGAAUUUUCAAAUAUGCUAACUGCAGUCCAUCAUGCUUCAUUGUUGCAUAUGUCUAUCUUGAUCGCUUCACUCAAAGGCAACCCACCUUGCCUAUCAACUCCUUCAAUGUCCACCGGUUACUCAUUACAAGUGUCAUGGUAGCUGCAAAAUUCAUGGAUGACUUGUACUACAACAAUGCUUACUAUGCAAAAGUUGGAGGAAUCACCACAAUAGAGAUGAACUUUCUUGAAGUGGACUUCCUAUUUGGCUUGGGUUUCCAUUUGAAUGUAACCCCUGGCACAUUCCAAGCCUACUGUUCCCAUCUCCAAAGAGAAAUGUUGCUGAUGCAACCACUGAAUUCUGCAGAUUCUUCCCUAAGUUUGGGAAAAUCACUAAAGGCACAUUUAUGCUACAAUGAGGAUGAAUCUUCUUCAUCCCAUCAAAAGCAACAACAAUUAGCUGUUUGAUUGUUUCUUGCAUUUUCUCAAUGCAUGUAAUCUAGCUGUAGAUGUAGUGAACCUAUUAUAGAUUUGCAAAUUAAAUUAUUUUACAUAUGCACUCUUUUUUCUUUCUGUCUCUAAUUAGUAUUUUUUUUUUUCUGUUUAUGAAUCUGGUUAAAUUAUCUGGCAUUGCACAGAACUACAGAUAAUUGUCUCUUCUUUACAGUCUGGCUAGAUAAGUAUGGUAUUUUAGUUCUACUAAUAUAAUAAUUUAUUGUUUUCCCUUA